AUGGUUUUAUUUGUUACUGUUGCUUCAAAGGUGAGUGAAAUUAAAGAAAAGUUUGCAAAGUUAAAAGGUUAAAGGCAUUUUACGAGAAGAAACAUAAUCAGAAAACUCUUUCAGUGAAAGAUACACGUUUAAUAGAUUUCUUCUCCUUGGAAGCUAUUAUUAUUUAUCACUACCAUUAUCACCUGGUCCUAAGUCAUCAUCACCAUCACCAUUAUUACAACUGCUAUCAUUAUCAUCAUCAUUAAUACACUAAGCUCCUUGUUGAGUUGUUUUCUUCCAUUGAUUCGUCGUUAUGUAAGCGAAAUGGUGACAAAUGUCAAUGUGAGGAAAUAUCAAAGAAAAACACAGACCUAACUUUCAUUCAUGUGCCACCGUUAUUUGACAUCAACAGGCCCCAGAUCUCUCCCCACCAUUAUGUAAUGUAACGAGCCAGAGUGGGUCAUGCGCAGGGGUAUACGGAAGACCUGAGUGUGUUUCCAGCACGUGGGUUGCGCAUGUCACGUUCAACGACUCCGGAGAAGGGCUUUUGUCUAUUACGUCACGAGAAAAUCGUAAUGGAACUCUCAAAGGUAAAUGAAGUCAUUCCUCUGUUUUUUUUGUUUUUUUUUGAGUGUCUAAUAAUCUCAAAUGAAAGUUAUUCUUAAGUCACGCAGGAAAAUUCUACAAGGAACCGAAAAUUUGCGACUUCUUAGAAGGAUUCUGCCAAGACUUCGAAUCCAAUCUCUCAAAACAGAUAGUGAUCAACUGGUAAAAAUCGCCUAGACUAACAUUUCCUUUAUUACUUUCCAUACGCAGAUAAAAAAUUUCUUUUCCGGGAUUGAUAUUUGCGCAAUGCAAAUCAAUAAUUUUUAUCACUAAUAUUACUUUAUUUUCGUUCAGUGGCUGCUUUCAACCAGGGAGCUGCUAACACGCCGAUUUCAGCAUCAUUCACAUCCAGCUGUUGUCAUCCAAAGGUCAUCUUCGUCGGAGUGGAUCUCGUUGGAAACAUGGGAACUUGCUCUGUAAGCCUCGUUCCAGACAUCGUGUCAUUUAGAGCCAAUCCAAACACCUCCGAUGUGACUCUGUACCCAGGAGAAACCAUAAAGGUACCUUUCACACUCGUCAACCUUGGCUCCAAAGGGUCCUUUUUGUUUCGAGUAACUAAGACGUCCUCGCUCAUAAGUUACGUCAUCCCCUUCAGCCUCGCUCUGAAAACAAACGCAAGUACUACAGGUCACGUGGUUAUUGCUUCGCGUUUUAACACCAGUGAGGUGAAGACAAUAAGCGUGAGGGCUAUUGCACAGUCAGAUGCUGUAAAUGUUAAAGAGGUGAACCUGUUUAAUGUUACGGUUUUUGUCACGCCACGGGGACAACGAAUAACAAGUACACCUGGAACAUCGACGGCAGCGCUCAAAUACAUCCGGUUACAGGCAAAUGUUCCUACUCAUGACUUGUCUUUGGAAACUGGAGAAAGUUCAAAGUUUAACUUUACAGUUAUGAAUUUGGCUACGGCUGAAACUUUCACCUUCCAUGUAAGUAUAUAGUAAUUGGUAAUAAAUGACAAUCAUGUUUGACAAUUGCCGGGAAACAUGAAAUAUAAUCCUGGACAAAAGACUUCUUUUCAUUCCAUAGAGGCACUGCUUAUCCGUUACUUUUUUAUUAGCAACAUCCCUACUUGAUGAUAUCACUCAAGCUUGUCCAUAGUUUUGGAGUGAUGAAUCCCACCACGAUUGCUCCUGUUUAAUCAGUUUGUUGCUUUCUAUUCCCAGGUGCUGACAUCAGAACCUCGUAUAAAUGGCAAUAUUGAACCGUCUCCAACAUUUAUGGAUCAUCAACAAACUACUUCAUUUCUAUUAAUCCUUUCAUCUGAGCCCAACACCCCUCUUGGCAUCGUCACGCAAGUCAAUAUCACAGCCACGCCUGCGUCACAAAAUGCCGAUGUUAAAAAGUUAGUCGUUUUCUCGUUGACUGUGACAAUCGAUCGAAAGACCUCAUCAAAAGAUAAAGAAUCGGGGGAGAAGAGCCGAGAGAAAGGUGAUGAAAUGAAAAAAUGGCAAAUUCUUUUAAUUUUCGGCACGGCUACGUUAGCGAUUCUACUUAUUACCUUUUUGGUAAUACUGGGAGUAAGUCGCAGGUAUUGCCGUAGAGGAAGGCCUGAAAACCACACAGUCAAUAAUGCGAAUAUCAACUUAGGCCAUGAACCUGACGAUGUGAUCGCCAGUACAUACACCUAACUCUAACGUCAAGAAAUCAUCCAAUACAUGGCUCGAUCUUGUAAUCGCUGAGCAUACUCUGGAAAGUUGACUGUGCAUCACAGUCAAUUAGUAUGGAAGGACACUUUCCGUUUGACACGGAGUUGAGAUCUCAUCCAUUGCGAGCAUUAUCGCAUAUUUUAUUCUGUUCAUCUUUUAUUUUUUCAUCAAAGUAUAAAAUACACUUU